AUGCCUUGCUCUUUGUCAGGUCGCAAUGUUUUGAUUACUGGUGGCUCCCGAGGACUGGGUGCUAUUUCCGCCGAGAAGUUCGCCGCUGAGGGAAGCAACGUCGCCAUCAACUAUGUCUCCAGCAAGGAUGUCGCAGAGAAGCUUGCUGCCGAUCUCGCAAGCAAAUAUGGUGUGAAAACAGUGGCUAUUCAAGGUGAUGCAGGUAUCAAGGAAGACUGUUUCAAUGCCGUCAAAGCCACAAUUGAGAAGUUCGGCGGCUUGGAUAUCAUUAUCUCCAACGCUGGGUGGACAAAAAUAACCAAUUUCGCCGAUCUCGAUGCCAUGGACGACGAUGACUGGGACAAGUGCUGGUCUGUCAAUGUCAAGAGCAGCUUCUAUUUGUUCAAGGCAGCUUUGCCCACAUUCAAUGCGAAUCCAGAGGGUGGCGUUUUCCUUAUCACAGCAUCAACUGCGGGCGUCACAGCAAGCGGCAGCAGUUUGCCUUAUGCGGUGUCGAAAGCAGCAUUAAUCCAUCUCAUGAGGUGUCUUGCUAAGAGCCAAGGCUCGAAAGUCCGCAUCAAUGCCAUCCUUCCUGGUCUCUUGCUCACCGAUUGGGGUCAACGCUUUGCUCCCGAGUUGAUUGAGGGUUGGACAAAUGCUACCGCCCUCAAGCGUGCACCUGAGGUGGAGGACUGCGCCGACAUGUUCGUCACGCUCGCCAAGAAUACUUCUAUAACCGGACAGACCGUUCAAAUUGAUUCUGGCUUUGCGAUCUGCUAG